UGAUCGGGUAGAGACACGGCUAUCAGCUGUUAGCAUUAGCAUUAGCUUCCGUGUGCUAGCAGAGAGGCUGCUAAUGUGUGAGUGUUUGCAGUGAGAAUGUGUUGAGUCCAGCUGGAAGGAGAGUUUGUCAGCGAGCAGUUAACUCCUGCUGGAGAAACAUUCCCAGAGUUUAAAGGAAGAUUAGAUCAGAUCGAGGAGGAGAAGAUGGAUGAUCAGCACAGACUGCUGGAUUUCACCAGGAUCCCCCAGAUCAUCUUACACCGGACAGACCUCCUGCAGGUUGGAAAAGAGGAGGAUUUCUUUGAGCAGCAGCUCUGGAAACAGGAGAGGAAUUCCAGUUUGGACCAAGAGGAACCAGAACCUCUGCAGAUGAAAGAAGAGCAGCUAAAGCCAGAAGAUCCCUGGACUAAAGAGGAAACCAUGGAGCUCCCCAUCAGUGAGCAGGAGGAGCAGCAGGAGGCUGGAGACCUCCUGCAGGUUGGAAAAGAGGAGGAUUUCUCUGAGCAGCAGCUCUGGAAACAGGAGAGGAAUUCCAGUUUGGACCAAGAGGAACCAGAACCUCUGCAGAUGAAAGAAGAGCAGCUAAAGCCAGAAGAUCCCUGGACUAAAGAGGAAACCAUGGAGCUCCCCAUCAGUGAGCAGGAGGAGCAGCUGCUCCUGAACCAGGAGACUAGAGAGACACAUUUCUCAUGUUUGACGUGUGGAGAAAGUUUUCUAAAAGAAGAACAGUUGAAGACUCACAGGAAGUCUCACACAGGUGAAAGACCUUUUUCCUGUAAGACCUGUGAGAAAACAUUCAAAAGAAGAAAGAACUUGAAUGAACACAUGAGAUUACACACAGGUGAGAAACCUUUCAAAUGUGUGUCUUGUGGAAAAAGCUUCAAUAAGUCUCACCAUCUUCAUGAACACUUAAGAAUUCACACAGAUGAGAAGUUGUUUUCUUGUACGAUUUGUGAUAAAAGGUUUAAUCAAAAAAGUGCUUUGGCUUCUCACAUGGUAAGUCAUUCAGAUAAAAGGCCUUUUUCCUGUAAGUCCUGUGGGAAAAUGUUCAAAAGAAGAAAUGAUUUGAACGACCACAUCAAAGUUCACACGGGUGAGAAGAAUUACGAAUGCCCGUCCUGUGGGAAAAACUUCACUCAGAAAUCUCAUCUUCACAGACACAUCAAAACUCACACAGGUGAGAAGAGUUAUGAGUGUCUCUCCUGUGGGACAAACUUCACUGAUAAAUGUACUCUUGACAGACACAUUAGGACUCACACAGGUGAAAAGAAUUAUGAGUGUCUCUCCUGUGGAAAGAAAUUUGCUCAAAAGUUUAAUCUUGACAGACACAUCAGAACUCACACAGGAGAGAAGCCUUUCUUUUGUUCAAUUUGUGGCAAAAGUUUUACUCUAAAAGGUAGUUUGACUAAACACAAAUCAACCCACCUGGGUGAGAAACAAUUGUCCUGCACAAUAUGUGGAUUGAAUUAUUCCAAAAAGAUCGAUUUUGUGCUUCACAUGAGAAGUCACAUUAGUGAGACGCCACAGGGCUCAGAUUUCAGUCAGGCAGCUUAUUUUUUUGUUUGAAACCAAAAAUGAAAAGAGUGAAUAUGCGCUAGUGUUAUGCUAAUAUGAGAGAAUUAAUAAUAAUAUUUAUUUUAUUUCCUUUCUUAUUUAGAACAGAACUUUAGUGGCACAUAGCAGAUGUUGGGGGGGUGUUCAGACCUUCUGCUGCUUGGAGAGAAAAACGUGCCGAGAAGCUUUUAGGUGUCGAGGAGAAUUCAGUCAUUGCUAAGCUGCAUGUUAUGCUAAUAAUAAAAUGUUUUAGUUUUUGUCUAAAACCGUAAUUAUUGGGGUUAUAUUUCUGUGGUCCAAUUAUCUAUAUACACUGUGAAAACUUUGUAAUAUUGAUGCUAAAUCACACCUUAUGUUGCUAAGAGACCCUUAUAUAUGUACAGAGCUUCACACACACAGUCGUUGGCAUUAGUUUAAUAAUGCGCAUACUCGUACUCUCGUCUUCCGCUUCAUCCGGGUUCAAUAGACGUUCCAUUCAUUACCUAAAGCCCCAUUUCCACUCUGAAAACCGAUCCGUGCCGAGCUUGGAUCAGUUAACCGUGCCGAGCUCGGCUCCUUACGACCGUUUACAUAUCACACCAACGCGGUUCCUCGCCACUUGGUGACGAUCUAUGGUACUACUGCUCAUUAGAGGGAAACAUGCAAACCAAAAUGGCGGCGCCCGUAACAUUCAGGAAGUUUGCUGUCAGGCGAACAAGGCAGCCUUUGGUGAAUUUACUUGACAGAGUCGGCUUUCAGGAAGUGGAAACGAUAAACAAUAGUCUAA